AUGUCUCAUGAAAAGGUCUCACAGGAAAGCUCGUCUUCAUGGGAUUCAUCAGAGUCGACUGGAAACAAUGAUGGGGAGUCGUCUUUAUCAACAAGCGAAACAAAUUCUGGUUCAUCAGAAACAAUUGGCUCUAAUGACUCACAAAAUAAGAGUGACUCCUCAAAUGAAAGUUCUGAGUCUUCUGAAGACUCGAGUUCAAAGAAUGAUAAAGGAAACAAAAGUGAUUCUCAUUCGAAAGAAAAAGGCCACCAUGGAUCAUUAAACCAUUCUCAUUCAAAAGAAAAGGGCCAUCAUGGUUCACACGAAGGCCAUGGCCACUCUGGUUAUGGCAAAGGGAAUUCCCAUUCUAAAGAAAGGGAUCAUCAUGGAUCUCACAAAGGAGGCCAAUCAAAAGAAAGUUCAGAAUCUGUAGAAAACGGUCAUGGGUCAAUUAGCCAAUCAGGUUAUGGCAAAGGCGAAUCAAAAUCUUCAGAAAAAGGGCAUUAUGGGUCACAUAAUCACUCUGGUUAUGGAAACCGACAUUCUCAUUCGAAAGAAGAGGGUCAUCAUGGUUCACAUGGAGGCCAUGGCCACUCUGGUUAUGGCAAAGGGAAUUCCCAUUCUAAAGAAAAGGAUCAUCAUGGAUCUCACAAAGGAAGCCAUUCGAAAGAAAGUUCAGAAUCUGCAGAAAACGGCCAUGGGUCAUUUAGCCAAUCGGGUUAUGGCAAAGGCGAAUUUAAAUCUUCAGAAAAAGGGCAUCAUGGGUCAUUGACCCAGGGAGGAGGAGAGUCCCAUUCUAAAGAAAAAUCAGAGUCAACUGAAAAAGGACAUGGAUCAUUAAGCCACUCUGGUUAUGGCAAAGGGAAUUCCCAUUCUAAAGAAAAGGAUCAUCAUGGAUCUCACAAAGAAAGCCAUUCGAAAGAAAGUUCAGAAUCUGCAGAAAACGACCAUGGGUCAUUUAGCCAAUCGGGUGAUGGCAAAGGCGAAUUUAAAUCUUCAGAAAAAGGGCAUCAUGGGUCAUUGACCCAGGGAGGAGGAGAGUCCCAUUCUAAAGAAAAAUCGGGGUCAACUGAAAAAGGACAUGGAUCAUUAAGCCACUCUGGUUAUGGCAAAGGGAAUUCCCAUUCUAAAGAAAAGGAUCAUCAUGGAUCUCACAAAGGAAGCCAUUCGAAAGAAAGUUCAGAAUCUGCAGAAAACGGCCAUGGGUCAUUUAGCCAAUCGGGUGAUGGCAAAGGCGAAUUUAAAUCUUCAGAAAAAGGGCAUCAUGGGCCAUUGACCCAGGGAAGAGGAGAGUCCCAUUCUAAAGAAAAAUCAGAGUCAACUGAAAAGGGACAUGGAUCAUUAAGCCACUCUGGUUAUGGCAAAGGGAAUUCCCAUUCUAAAGAAAAGGAUCAUCAUGGAUCUCACAAAGGAAGCGAAUCGAAAGAAAGUUCAGAAUCUGGGUCAUUUAGCCAAUCGGGUUAUGGAAAAGGCGAAUUUAAAUCUUCAGAAAAAGGGCAUCAUGGGUCAUUGACCCAGGGAGGAGGAGAGUCCCAUUCUAAAGAAAAAUCGGGGUCAACUGAAAAAGGACAUGGAUCAUUAAGCCACUCUGGUUAUGGCAAAGGGAAUUCCCAUUCUAAAGAAAAGGAUCAUCAUGGAUCUCACAAAGGAAGCCAUUCGAAAGAAAGUUCAGAAUCUGCAGAAAACGGCCAUGGGUCAUUUAGCCAAUCGGGUGAUGGCAAAGGCGAAUUUAAAUCUUCAGAAAAAGGGCAUCAUGGGCCAUUGACCCAGGGAAGAGGAGAGUCCCAUUCUAAAGAAAAAUCAGAGUCAACUGAAAAGGGACAUGGAUCAUUAAGCCACUCUGGUUAUGGCAAAGGGAAUUCCCAUUCUAAAGAAAAGGAUCAUCAUGGAUCUCACAAAGGAAGCGAAUCGAAAGAAAGUUCAGAAUCUGGGUCAUUUAGCCAAUCGGGUUAUGGAAAAGGCGAAUUUAAAUCUUCAGAAAAAGGGCAUCAUGGGUCAUUGACCCAGGGAGGAGGAGAGUCCCAUUCUAAAGAAAAAUCAGAGUCAACUGAAAAAGGACAUGGAUCAUUAAGCCACUCUGGUUAUGGCAAAGGGAAUUCCCAUUCUAAAGAAAAGGAUCAUCAUGGAUCUCACAAAGAAAGCCAUUCGAAAGAAAGUUCAGAAUCUGCAGAAAACGGCCAUGGAUUAUUUAGCCAAUCGGGUGAUGGCAAAGGCGAAUUUAAAUCUUUAGAAAAAGGGCAUCAUGGGUCAUUGACCCAGGGAGGAGGAGAGUCUCAUUCUAAAGAAAAAUCAGGGUCAACUGAAAAAGGGCAUGGAUCAUUAAGCCACUCUGGUUAUGGUAAAGGGAAUUCCCAUUCUAAAGAAAAGGAUCAUCAUGGAUCUCACAAAGGAAGGCAUUCGAAAGAAAGUUCAGAAUCUGCAGAAAACGGCCAUGGGUCAUUUAGCCAAUCGGGUUAUGGCAAAGGCGAAUUUAAAUCUUCAGAAAAAGGGCAUCAUGCGUCAUUGACUCAGGGAGGAGGAGAGUCCCAUUCUAAAGAAAAAUCAGAGUCAACUAAAAACGGCUAUGGAUCAGUCAGCCACUCUGGUUAUGGCAAAGGGAAUUCCCAUUCUAAAGAAAAGGAUCAUCAUGGAUCUCACAAAGGAAGCCAUUCGAAAGAAAGUUCAGAAUCUGCAGAAAACGACCAUGGGUCAUUUAGCCAAUCGGGUUAUGGCAAAGGCGAAUUUAAAUCUUCAGAAAAAGGGCAUCGUGGGUCAUUGACCAAGGGAGGAGGAGAGUCCCAUUCUAAAGAAAAAUCAGGGUCAACUAAAAAUGGUCAUGGAUCAGUCAGCCACUCUGGUUAUGACAAAGGGAAUUUCCAUACUAAUGAAAAGGAUCACCAUGGAUCUCACAAAGGAAGUCAAUCGAAAGAAAGUUCAGAAUCUGGGUCAUUUAGCCAAUCGGGUUUUGGCAAAGGCGAAUUUAAAUCUGCAGAAAAAGGGCAUCAUGGGUCAUUGACCCAAGGAGGGGAAGAGUCCCAUUCUAAAGAAAAAUCAGAGUCAACUGAAAAAGGACAUGGAUCAUUAAGCCACUCUGGUGAUGGCAAACGGAAUUCCCAUUCUAAAGAAAGGGAUCAUCAUGAAUCUCCCAUAGGAAGCCAUUCGAAAGAAAGUUCAGAAUCUGUAGAAAACGGCCAUGGGUCAUUUAGCCAAUCGGGUUAUGGCAAUGGCGAAUUUAAAUCUUCAGAAAAAGAGUCCCAUUCUGAAGAAAAAUCAGAGUCAACCACAAACGGCCAUGGAUCAGUCAGCCACUCUGGUUAUGGGAAAGGGAAUUCUCAUUCUAAAGAAAAAGGUCAUCAUGGAUCACACAAAGGAAGCCAAUCGAAAGAAAAGUCUGAGUCUAUAGAAAAUGACCGCUGGUCAUUUGGCCAAUCGGGUUACGGCAAAGGUAAUUCUCAAACUACCGAUAAAGCUUACAACAAAGGGGCAUUGAACCCCGGGAAUGAAAAGUCCCAUUCAAAAGAGAAUUCAGAGUCUACAGAAAAGGGCAACCAUGGUUCAUUAAACCACUCUGGAUAUGGCAAAGAGGAGUCUCAUUCUAGAGAAAAAGAUCAGUAUGGCAAAAAUACCCAUUAUGGAGAAAAACACGGGAAAAAUUCCAAAGACGUUGAAAAGACCGACAAAUCCAAAGAAGAGAGUGACAUAUGGGCAUUUGGCAACUAUAAACCUCACACUUGGGAAGGGUCAUCGAAUUCUAACAAACAGAAACAUUCUGAGAGGUAUACAAAUAAUAGUUCAAAAUCAUCAGAAAAAUCCCAUUUAUCCACUCCCGAGGAAGAUUUGAGCAAAUCACAUAAUUCAAAAUAUGAACAAAUAAUGGAUAAGUCAAAAGAAACAUCCAAGUCUUCGGAGGAUUCAAAAGCACAGAAUAAUAAGUCGGGAAAGGAAACCAACAAAUGGUCGCAACAUAGAACAAGAUAUGCCAGACAUAUUUCAAAUAUUCCCGGAAGUUUUGUAGCCUCAAAGAAGGGAAACAACUCGCAUCUAUCAAGAAGAUAUAUCCGGAAAUUAUCACAUAACAAAUCUGUAUAUGUUGUCCCAAAGCCACAAGAGACCGUCUCAGAUACAAUGGAGUACAUAACUAACGGAAGAAAUGGCUUUGUGGUUAAAUCUCAUCGCAAUGGCAAUGGGCAAAGAGAACUCAAAUACUACACUGUCAAUCGAGCAAAUUGCAGGGGAUUUCUAAAGUGGGAAAUAAUAAGGUUUAGGCACUCCAGAUAG